UGAUUGGAGCGCGGAUCCUCACGCGCGGAGCGCUCUCCCCGCCCCUUCUCUCUCUUCCUAGCCAGCUUCCCUUCCUCGCCUCGAGGUGACCCCCGCUUGUAGGUCGCUUUGGAGCAGCAGGCGAAAAAGGGCGCGAGGAUUAAGGGGGAAAGCUCCAGCGUGUGCGGGCGGGCGUCCUUCUCUCUCCGCCUGCAGAAGGAAGCCUCGAAGGCGCCUUCUUCCCGUGAUGGUGGCAGGGGCUGAUUUCGCGAGCGACGAAGAAAACUUUGGGAAAGGGGCUGGAUGGCUUCGGUGAGGCCCCGCGGGGCCGCGAGAAGAAGAGCGAUUGGGCGGCUUCCUCCCGGGGAGUGACUGAACCGACGCGAAGAGUUCCUCUUGUCGCCGUUUCCUUGCGAUCGCUCCCCUGCCUCGAGGAUGGAGUGGGGCAGCCUCGGCGUUGACUCCCGCCCGGCCAGCGCCGGGGCGAGGUGACUCUCUUUCGGCAGCCAAGCUCCGCCACUCUCGAAGGGGGCACUUUGGGGACGAUGAGCCCGUGAAGCUAUUCGGCCAAAAGCGGCCCUGUCGCUUGUGUUAGAGAAGGAAUCCUCCGCGGGACUCGGGACCUUAACGGGCGGGAGGAGGGUGGCGGCCGUGUAAAGCAAGGUGGGCAGCCAUGGGGGCCAACAGCACUCAAGACUUCUUGUCCAAUGGCACUUGCCCCAGUCCGGAAGGGGAUCUGGACUACAACUUCGCCGCCUUGGCUUUCGGGAUCUUCCUCAUCCUCUUCAUCAUCAGCGGGAACUUGCUGGUGUGCCUCAGCGUCUGCACGGAGAAAGCGCUGAAGACCACCACCAACUACUUCAUUGUCAGCUUGGCCGUAGCAGACCUUCUCUUGGCCAUUCUGGUGUUACCUCUCUAUGUCUUUUCCGAGUUUCAGGGAGGUGUGUGGUCCUUGAGCACAGGCUUGUGUGAUGCCUUGAUGACCAUGGAUGUGAUGCUGUGCACAGCUUCCAUUUUCAACCUUUGUGCAAUCAGUGUGGAUCGGUUCAUUGCUGUCUCCAUCCCACUGAAGUACAACCGGCGGCAAAUUGACCUGCGGCAGCUGAUCCUCAUCUCCACCACCUGGAUCUUUGCUUUUGCUGUUGCCUCCCCAGUCAUCUUUGGCCUCAACAAUGUUCCAGACCGGGACCCUAUGUUGUGUCAGCUGGAGGAUAACAACUAUAUUGUGUACUCUUCCAUCUGCUCUUUCUUCAUUCCUUGCCCUGUCAUGCUGUUCCUUUACUGUGCAAUGUUCCAGGAACUUAGGCGUUGGGAGGAGGCUCGGAAGGCCAAGCUGAAGAGCAGCAUCUACUUGGGCAAUGGGCCACUGUAUUGUCCACCGCCCAUCAUUGAGAGGAACCAGGCUGAGGUCAAGCUGGAGGAACGCAGCCUAUAUACCCACUCCGAGUGCUCUUUACCCAGGGACUACGUAACCAAUGGCAUUCAGACUGUGUCCUACCCACACCUCAGAUAUCCACCAAAUGGAGGACUCAGAAGGAAGCAGGCAAAAAUCAAUGGCAGGGAGAGGAAGGCUAUGAAGGUGCUGCCGGUUGUGGUUGGUGCUUUCCUUUUCUGCUGGACUCCUUUCUUUGUGGUCCACAUAACCAGAGCUCUGUGUGACUCCUGCACCAUCCCCAGUGAAGUAACCAGCAUUGUGACAUGGCUGGGCUAUGUCAACAGCGCCCUCAACCCCAUCAUCUACACUGUCUUCAACACUGAAUUUAGGAACUUCUUCCGUAAAGUUUUGCACAUCUUCUGCUAACACUGCUGGAUUCUAUAUAUAGAACUGGACUCUAAAUAUAGAACAGAGUACUGAACAGGGCAAA